AUGGUUGACGGAAGUACUGUUUUCCCUUCUCUAUCAUUUAUUCAUGAUGACAUUCAAAAGAGUUUUCAAAUGCCGCAACAAUUCAUGCUAGAAACUGAAUCACAAAUAAGUGCUCAAGAUCCUGUUUUCUUAGAUGAAGGAUGUUUGGGAGGAUGGACACAAUUAGAAAGCGAUGACAGUGUAACUUUCCACGGUAAUUUUUUUUUCUGA